AUGGCCCGUCGCCGCAAAUCCCCCAACGGCAACGGCACCAUGAGCAGCGGCGUCGAGAUGCGCCGCAAGGCCCCGAACCCGGAUGCCGACUCGGCCGGCAAUUACGUCGCCCGCGAAGACUUCACCCUCGACCGCGCACCGCCCCCCAGCAAGGAGCACGGGUCGGCGGACCACGGCUUCUUUGAGCUGCCCAAGCAGGACCAGAAGAACUUUCUGCUCCUCGUCCUGCUGUACUUUCUGCAGGGCAUCCCCAUGGGCCUGGCCAUGGGGUCCGUCCCGUUCCUGCUCAAGAACCACCUCUCCUACGGCGAGAUUGGCACCUUCACCCUGGCGUCCUACCCGUACUCGCUCAAGCUCCUCUGGAGCCCCUUUGUCGACGCGGUCUGGAGCGCCAGGCUGGGCCGACGCAAGACGUGGAUCGUGCCCAUCCAGUUCCUGUCGGGCUUCGGCAUGCUGUACCUGGGCUCCCACGUCGAGGAGAUGAUGGGCAACACGGGCAAGCCCGGUGGCACGACCGUGUGGAACUUUAUGCUGUGGUGGUUCUUUCUCGUCCUGAUGUGCGCCACGCAGGACAUUGCCGUCGACGGGUGGGCGCUCACGCUCCUGACGCCCGGCAACGUCUCGUACGCCUCGACGGCCCAGACGGUGGGCCUGACAGCCGGGCACUUCAUGUCCUACACGGUCUUCCUCGCCCUCAACGCGUCCGACUUUGCCAACAAGUGGUUCCGCGCGGUGCCCUCGGAUGAGGGCCUGGUCACGCUGGGCGGCUAUCUCAAGCUCUGGGGCUGGGCCUACAUUGUCAUCACCAUUGGGCUCGGGUUUCUGAAGCGGGAGGAAAAGUCGCAGAACGAGGACGGCGUCUGGGAUGUGUACCGCAUCAUGGCGGGCAUUCUCAAGCUCAAGAACGUGCAGACCAUUAUCUUUGUGCACCUCAUCGCCAAGAUUGGGUUCCAGGCCAACGACGGCGUCACCAACCUCAAGCUGCUGGACAAGGGCUUCGGCAAGGACAACAUGGCGCUGACCGUGCUCAUUGACUUUCCUUUUGAGAUUGGGCUGGGCUACUACGCGGGCAUGUGGUCGCAAAAGUACACACCGAUGCGCCUGUGGUGCUGGGGCUUCAUGGGCCGCCUGGCGGCCGCUGUGCUGGCGCAGGUUGUGGUCAUCAUCUUCCCCAAGGAGGGUGUCACGUCGUGGUACCUGCUGGUGGUCAUCUUUGAGCACGUGUUCUCGACGUUCACCAACACCAUCAUGUUUGUGGCCGUCUCGGCAUUCCACGCGCGCGUGUCCGACCCCGUGAUUGGGGGUACCUACAUGACGCUGCUCGCCACGGUCUCCAAUCUUGGCGGAACAUUCCCGCGCUACUUUGUCCUCAAGCUCGUCGACUCGUUCACCGUGGCCACGUGCCACCCACCGACCGACCUGAAGGAGGCGCCCUUUACGGCGCCCUUUUCCUGCGCCAUGCAGGCGGACAAGGAGAUGUGCGAAAAGGGAGGCGGCACGUGCGAGAUGCUGCGCGACGGGUACUACACUGUGAACAUUAUGUGUGUCCUAUUUGGUGUAGUGACGUUUAUGUGGUAUAUCAGGCCCAAAGUACUGCAGCUGCAGGAACUCCCCCUGCGCGCUUGGAGACUGGGGCCGAAGAAGUAA